GUGGGCGCCGGCGUGGGGCUGCCGCACGUGGGAGGCCGGGCCGGACCUGCCGCUGCCUCCUCCGCCGCCGUUUUCUCUUCCGCUAGGCCGCCUCCCGGCUCCCCGGCGCCCCGCCUCUCCCACCCCCAAACCGGAGGACGACGCGCCCGCCGCCGCCGCUGCCUCUCGGCGCUCCCAUGAUCGUCCAGUGCCUUUCGGCUGUGCGAGGCCUCCACAGAUCAGUAGCAAAAUGGGAAGAGAAUGAAAUUCUUUGCACCGAUGCGCUGGAUGGAGUGGUUUUCAGAAACAAUGUCCUGCCCCUCCAUUCCCACAUCUAUCCUUGAACUAAUUGGUGGUUGCAGGACUUUCUUCAGAAUGACUCUGGGGCGAGAAGUGAUGUCUCCUCUUCAGGCGUUGUCUGCCAGCACUGCGGCUGGCAGGAAUGUCUUAAGAUGGGAUCUUUCACCAGAACAAAUUAAAACAAGGACCGAGGAGCUCAUUGUGCAGACCAAACAGGUGUAUGAUGCUAUUGGAAUGCUUGACCUUGAGGCAGUAACGUAUGAGAACUGCUUGCAGGCACUGGCGGAUGUAGAGGUGAAGUACAUAGUGGAACGAACCAUGCUAGACUUUCCCCAGCACGUCUCCUCUGACAAAGAAGUGCGAGCAGCAAGCACAGAAGCGGACAAAAGACUUUCUCGCUUUGAUAUCGAGAUGAGCAUGAGAGAAGAUAUAUUUCGGAGAAUUGUUCAUUUACAGGAAACCUGUGAUCUGGGGAAGAUAAAGCCUGAAGCCAGGCGAUACUUGGAAAAGUCAGUUAAAAUGGGGAAAAGAAAUGGGCUCCAUCUUCCAGAACAAGUCCAAAAUGAAAUCAAAGCAAUGAAGAAAAGAAUGAGUGAGCUGUGCAUUGACUUCAACAAAAACCUCAACGAGGAUGAUACCUUCCUUAUAUUUUCCAAGGCUGAACUUGGUGCUCUUCCUGAUGAUUUCAUUGAUAGUUUAGAAAAGACAGAUGAUGACAAGUACAAAAUUACCUUAAAAUAUCCACACUAUUUUCCUGUCAUGAAGAAAUGUUGUAUCCCAGAAACCAGAAGGAAGAUGGAAAUGGCUUUUAAUACAAGGUGCAAAGAGGAAAACACCAAAAUUCUACAGCAGCUACUCCCACUGCGGGCCAAAGUCGCCAAGCUACUCGGCUAUAGCACACAUGCUGACUUUGUCCUUGAAAUGAACACUGCGAAGAGCACAAGCCGUGUAACAGCCUUCCUAGAUGAUUUAAGCCAGAAAUUAAAACCUUUGGGUGAGGCAGAACGGGAGUUUAUUUUGAAUUUGAAGAAAAAGGAAUGUGAGGAGAGAGGUUUUGAAUAUGAUGGGAAAAUCAAUGCCUGGGAUCUGCAUUACUACAUGACUCAGACAGAAGAACUCAAGUACUCCAUAGACCAAGAGAUCCUCAAGGAAUACUUCCCAAUUGAGGUGGUCACCGAAGGCUUGCUCAACAUAUACCAGGAGUUGUUGGGACUCUCAUUCGAGCAAGUGGCAGGUGCUCAUGUGUGGAAUAGAAAUGUUACACUCUACACUGUGAAGGACAAAGCCACAGGAGAAGUAUUGGGACAGUUCUACUUGGACCUCUAUCCAAGGGAAGGGAAGUACAACCAUGCAGCCUGCUUUGGUCUCCAGCCUGGCUGCCUCCUCCCUGACGGGAGCCGCAUGAUGUCGGUGGCAGCCCUUGUGGUGAACUUCUCACAACCCCUCGCAGGCCGUCCCUCCCUCCUGAGGCACGAUGAGGUGAGGACUUACUUCCAUGAAUUCGGUCAUGUCAUGCAUCAGAUUUGUGCCCAGACUGAUUUUGCGCGGUUUAGUGGAACAAAUGUGGAAACUGACUUUGUAGAAGUGCCAUCACAAAUGCUUGAAAAUUGGGUGUGGGACAUUGAUUCCCUCCGGAGACUGUCAAAGCAUUAUCAAGAUGGGAGACCUAUUAUGGAUGAUCUGCUUGAAAAUCUUGUUGCUUCGAGACUGGUCAACACAGGUCUUCUGACCCUGCGCCAGAUUGUUUUGAGCAAAGUUGAUCAGUCUCUCCACACCAACACAUCGCUGGAUGCUGCAAGUGAAUAUGCCAAAUGCUGCACAGAAAUUUUAGGUGUUGCGGCCACUCCAGGCACAAACAUGCCAGCUACUUUUGGACAUUUAGCAGGGGGAUAUGAUGGCCAAUAUUAUGGAUAUCUUUGGAGUGAAGUAUUUUCCAUGGAUAUGUUUUACAGCUGUUUUAAAAAAGAAGGAAUAAUGAACCCAGAGGUUGGAAUGAAAUACAGAAACCUAAUCCUGAAACCCGGGGGAUCUCUGGACGGCAUGGACAUGCUCCAGAAUUUCUUGAAACGUGAGCCAAACCAAAAAGCGUUCCUAAUGAGCAGAGGCCUGCACGCUCCGUGAACUGGGCUCUCUGGGAGCGGUCCAUGUCUGCAGGACAAGUCGACAUCGCCGUGUGUGCUACUGGCCUGGAAACUGAAGGGAGUUUUGCAAAUGAAAAUGUAGAUUUCUAUUGACUGCCUUUUGUUUCUUGAUUUGAAGAAUUACACAGAUGUAAAUGGAAUUAUAAAUACGGUGACCUACGGAAAGACCCAUUCAAAAACAAUUGUACUAUAAAAUUUCAUAAAAAUAGAUUUGAUUUCUUUUUCUAUAAAAGUUUCAUAUGAA